GCAUCAUGGCUAUUACAAUCAGGAUAUGUGAAACGAGCAUACUGGAUAAUUGGAUAAAAUAGCUUACCAGGCACAACAAAAAACGAGAGCAAACAAACAAAAACGUCUUUAAUCCAGAGCAUCGUGCUGACUAAAGGUGAUUUUCAGUGUUUACAAGUUUACUACCUCCAGUGUGUGUGUGUAUGACAUUACUCUCGCUUUCGCGUGCUAGGGAAUUCCCCACUUCCUCAAACCAGAAAUAAAAAAAAAUCGCAAGAGCAGUAGCCUAUAAAGUCAACGUGUGGACUCCCAAGUUACAGUCAGAAACAUGCAUUACUUCUCGGAAUUCAUCGCCUGUCUCAUAAUUUUAGCUGUGACGGAGGGAGUCCGGCACGAGAUUCGCUUCUUCCUUGGUGAGGACGCAGUCUUGAGCUGUGCGGCGAAAACAAAGCCCGACGUCCAGUACCGUUCAGUAACAUGGUACAAGGUUUCUGAAGAGCCUUCCCAGCAGUUAAGUGGACUUGUGAGAAAGAGACUAACUGAAAACAGUGGCGAUGUGAAAAAAUAUAAAGGUGUCCAACGAGAUGUCAGGCUAUUUGAGAGCUCAAUGAGUCUUCUCCUGUCUAAUGUAACUGCAGAGGACAGCGGGAUAUACAAAUGCUUUCUGACUGCUCCCCUUGGCCAUCAGAACCAAGAAGGUGUAAUUGUUCUGAAGGUCGAUGAGCAUGCUACAGCUGAGAAAAUGGAAUUUAAUAAAAGUGAUUCACUAUAUGUAGUGCUGGCUGUCACAGUACUCAUUAUGGCACUCCUGAUGUUUUGCAUAAGCUAUGUUUGUUUAAGGAAUGUAUUCCAAAGCAACAAGAAGCUCUCUGCACUGCAACAUCAAGGCAAGAAUGUAAUCAACACCAAUCAUUUGAUUUGCAAGACCAUGCCUGAAGUUUAUGUGUGAUGGUAACCAGAGUACAUGGACUGAGCUCAGUAGAAGUCAAAUGUAGUUUUGAACACAGGACAUGGACCGUCCACACAGAGCUUGUACUGAAGAGGAACACUGGCAGAAGCACAGGAAAUGGCAACCUACUUGCUAGGCCAAGGCGCAAAUAGUGGCAGAUGCAUGCACAAAGGUUUCAGCAUCAUCAGCGCUUUUUGAAAAUGUUUUCAAAACUGCAUCUUUACAACAUGAAACCAUGGAAGUGGAAAAGGACUGACCCGAAUGUUUAAAUGUUAUGCUCUGUCAUCAUGAAUGACAAAUGUUAUUUUCAGGCUGGAUACCUGUAGGAAUUCUACCAAAGAAAUUAUAUGAUAGUAAAGUUCUUAAUCUAUUGAU